GGUGCCAUAUUUUCUGACGUUUUGUGCUUCUGCAACGAUCACGUUACAUUAAUAGAAAGGCAACAAGCUGGGUGUCGGUUUCUAUAAUCCUUAGACUGCUGGGACUUGUAGUUCUCACAUCGCUAGAGCUACUCUUGACCCACUUGCUCGCCAUGUGGCGCGCACAGUAAGCGGGGACACAAACUUUGCAACCUCCGGCUCACUGUGUGCUGUGUGUGUGUCGGCCAUCAUGUCAUUUUGUUUUAACUUCGAAGUUCUGGCACAAUCAACAAACCCGGACGAUGUGGAUGGAAAUGAACUGCAAAGUGACAAGAAAGAAAAAGCUGCUAAAUAUAUGGAGGAUGAAGCCAAACCAGCAGAGCCAGUAAAAGAGGCCAAAGAGCACCUUCCACUAUCCGACCCCCAGCUCCUCCUUUGGGAUGCUGUCACAGAAACGGUUACCAUAGGAACCCUUCCCCCUCUUCACUACCUGAAUGAGACCGUUUUUGAGAAGACGGCCUCGGAGAGAGAGGACGAGGAGAAGAUUCUCUCUCGCACCGUGGAGCAAAGGUCCGAUCUCAUCUCCGGCGUGUACGAGGGAGGGCUCAAGGUGUGGGAGUGUACUUACGACCUUCUGGAGCUGAUUGAGAAAGAGGGGGAGACUUUUGGGGGGAAGGCUGUUCUGGAUUUGGGCUGCGGUGCAGGGCUGUUGGGGAUAUUGGCUCUGCAAAGAGGAGCCAGGCAGAUCCACUUCCAAGAUUAUAACAGUACAGUUAUUGAACAGCUCACAGUGCCAAAUGUAAUACUAAACUGCCAAGAGGACGAUGAAGUAGAGAGCGAAGAAGACAAAGAAAGGAGAGGCGAGGGGAAAGUACAGGAGGAAGAUGGUUGUAAAAAGAAAGUGACAGAGAAACUAAAGAUCAAAGAUGGCAGCCCACCAACGAAGAAAAGAGCUGCAGACCUAUCCCAGCACCUUUUACUAGCCAAGUGUCGUUUCUUCUCUGGCGACUGGAGCACGUUUCUUGCUUUGGUUAAAAAGGAGGACCCACAACCCAAAUACGACAUUAUAUUCACUUCAGAGACUAUCUACAACACUGCAUACUACCCAACGCUGCACGAGACCCUCCACAAACUGCUCGCACCAGACGGACUGGUCUACCUCGCCACCAAAUCCCACUACUUCGGUGUGGGCGGUGGACUGCACCUGUUCGAGACGUUUGUGGAGCAGAGGGGUGUUUUCUCUUUGGAUCACCUGUGGGAUGGUGAAGAAGGACUUCAGAGACAUGUAGUCAUCCUUCGUUUUAAGAAUGUCAAAGAGAACUUGAUUAGGUAAAGCAGCUGGGUUUGAUACGCAGCUUCAUUCAUGUUAUAACUGACACUCAGUUACACAGUUAAAUAAAAUUAAAAAAAAUAUCUUACCUCAACUGUGGUAAAACGAGGAAGAGCUGUAAUAAAACAUGCUGUC